AUGGCACACAUUGGCGCACUUCCCAAGAUCCAUCGUUACAUCACUACUCAUGACGACAAGGGCAAAGCAGUCUUCAGCGCCGCCUUCAAUGAGGAAAGCAAGAUGAAAGCCAACGAUGACGGCAUUGCGUUCGCCCUCAGCUUCACCACGAAAGGCUUCCCCGUCGAUAUGAACGGCGACAAGGAUCUCGAUGUCUACGGCAAUUAUCUCAAGGAUGCCCCGGGCCUCGUCGUCUCCGGUGGCACAGUCCUCCGCCAUGUCGAUAUUCCCCCAAGCACAGAAUGCACGAUGCACCGGACUGUGAGCUUGGACUACGGAUGUGUACUCGAGGGCGAGGUCGAAUGUCUGCUCGAUAGCGGGGAGAAGCGGUUGAUGAAGCGCGGGGACGUUUGUAUUCAGCGCGGCACUAUGCACCAAUGGAUCAACCACAGCAAGACUGACUGGACGCGCAUGUUGUUCGUUUUACAGGAGUCAAGUCCCCUGAAACUUUCUGGUGAGGCGCUCGGCGAGGAGCUUGCGGGCAUGGCUGGUGUGCGUUCGUCGGAUUGA